AUGUUGGCAUUACCCCCAACCGCACCAUACCAGGAUGGAGAUAAAAUCGAGGCAUGUCCGAGCAGUGACUGUAUCGAGCGGCUCAAGACGCAGGAUGUCCGCUUUCAACCCCCGCCCUUGCCCUCCAUACAUCGAUCCUUAGCUAAUCCCUCGCCGUUGGGAUUGCUCUCCUUCGCCACGGGUAUCUUCCUGCUUUCCAUGCUGGGGGUGCACACCCGAAGCAUCGAGCAAACCAACAUGGCGAUUGGGGUAUUGCUGUGCUUUGGUGGCAUCUGUCAAUUCCUCUCGGGCAUCAUGGAAUUCAUCAACGGGAACACUUUUGGAGCUACAGUCUUUCCGUCUUACGGGGCGUUCAAUCUCAGUUUUGCUAUGAUCUUUUUACCUGGAACUGGUAUUCAAGCAGCCUACACCGAUGCCAGAGGCAACAUACAAUCCACCUUCUACGACGCCGUGGGUAUAUACUGCUGGGCCUGGUUUAUCCUGACAAUCAUCUACACCAUUGCGGCCAUCCGCAGCUCGUGGGUCUUGUUUAUGACACUGUUGUUCCUAGACAUGGAGCUUUUGUUGCUGGCCACUGGAUACAUGUUAAACAGUGACAAGGUACUCGUUGUCGGGAACUCGGUAGGGUUUUUAGUGGCAUUCUGUAGCUAUUGGGCUGGCUGCGCCGCGCUUUGGUCGGAUGUGACCCCGUUGAACAUCACCACAUUCCCCAUGUCCGACAGCCAGUAG